AACAGUAACUCAAAAUAGGCGAAAUACGUCAGUUCGGAAAGAGAAGACAGAGAUGCUCACCAAAAUGCGACGGAAGGGAAAAGUGGUGUGAAUGUGCUCAUCUGAUAACAAAAAGCUACAGCGGGCACUAAAAGCAGAGGUGCUCUCGCAGUCGCAGCUGCCAUGGAAAUGGAAGAAACGAGGCCUGGGGGCCAAAACUCUGAGAUAAAAUAAAUCAUCGACCUCGUGCUAAUGCCGAGUUGCCGACUCUAAAUAAACAAAACAAAAAAUGUCGACUCUGUUUCUUCACCUUUUCCUCUUUUUACUCCACAUAAUCCUCUUAUCCCGCCUUCUUCUUCCCCGGUGGAUCCAGACCAAACUCCGCCGCCGUCUCUUCGCAACUCCUCCUUCGUCCGCCACCACUUCUUCUCCGGCGGCGUCUGCUUCCGUUGAGCCCAAAACCGGCAAAAAUCCGUUUCCUCUCACUCUCCUGCCCAAGUACGACGUCUUCAUCAGUUUCAGAGGGGAGGAUGUUCGAGACGCCUUCCUGAGCCAUCUCUACUCUCAUCUGAAGCGACAACAAGAAGGUCUGCGCCUACAAAGACGACAGGGAUUUGGGAAGAGGAGAGCAGAUCUCUGCGUCUCUGGUGGAAGCAAUCGAGAGAUCCACGGUUUACUUGGUGAUUUUCUCCCCCAAUUACGCCAACUCCAGAUGGUGCUUGGAGGAGCUCGUCAAGAUCCUCGACUGCAGCCGACGGUACGGGCGGAAGGUGAUCCCGGUGUUUUACGGCGGGACGGAUCCCUCCCAGGUCCGAAAUCAAACAGGGAGCUAUGCGGAUGGCUUCGCUCGACGGUACCGAAAUCUGCCGGCGGAGAAAGUCCAGGGCUGGAGGGCGGCGCUCCGGGAAGCGGCCAACAUUUCCGGGUUCGACUCACGGAUCACCAGGUUUAGCCCCUAAUCCUGUGAAAACUUAGAAGAACCCUUAUGAGAUUUGUUUGAGCUAUGAAACCCUAUUGCCUCUUACUAAGAAUUGUAGUUAUUGAAGCCCCAUUGAAUCCAUUUCCGAGACAUUUUUAGUGAAGGUUACCUGCCAAUGAAAAAGGUUCAAGUAAUUGCAUUUGACAGGCCUGAAACUGAUCUAAUCAAGGAAAUCUCAAAAGCUGUGGUUGAGAGGAUGCACAGUCAAAUGAUGCUGCCAUCAAAUGCUACAUAUGGUUUGGUAGGAGUAGAGAAAAGCAUGAGAGCAAUUGGGUUGUCAUUGUGCAUUGAGACGGAAGCUAACUGGACGAUAGGACUGUGUGGAAUGGGUGGCAUCGGGAAGACGACUCUUGCGAAAGCUAUAUACGACGGAUUCUCUAGUCAAUUUGAAGCUUCGUGUUUUGUCAGUAAUUUUGCGGACCACCUAAGUAGGUUACCACAGUUGUUUGAUGGUCUGCAAAAUGAAUUGUUCUCGAGGUUGUUGCCAAACGAGAAUGGGUAUAGCAUACCUGCUAGUUUCAAGCUCAACCGCCUCCGCCGGAUAAAGGCUCUCAUUGUCAUCGACGACGUGGACAACAUUAAGCAGUUGGGGGAUCUAUUUGAUAGACGAUAUUGUGAUUUAUUUGGACCCGGGAGUAGAAUUGUUUUAACUAGUAGGAACAAGCAGUUCCUUAAGAACGUGUGUCAUCAAAUAUAUGAAGUUAAUCCUUUGGAUGAGAAUGAAUCUCUUCAACUUUUCUGCUUACAUGCCUUCAAGGAAGAUCAUCCACCACCUGGAUAUUUAUGGGCCUCCAAUCUAGCUAUAACCUAUGCAAGUGGCAACCCGUUAGCUCUUAAAGUUCUAGGCUCAAAUUUGUAUGGUCGAAACAAGGAGUUUUGGGACUGUGAAUUGAAGAUCUUGCGAAACAGACCCGAUGAAGACAUCAAGAAUGUUGUCUUGAGGAGGAGUUAUGAUGGUUUAAACGAAGUGGAGAAAAGUGCGUACCUUGAUAUUGCCUGUGUCUACGACCCAUGGGGUAGUACAUAUGAUAUGUUGGGGAAAUUUGAGGAGAAAGUAUUAGAUGGAUGUUAUGCAGAAUAUGGUGGGUCUUGUAACCUCGUUACUAAGCUCGCGGAUAAGUCUCUUUUAAGUAUUGGUGAUUCUCUUGGAAUACAAAUGCACAGAUUGCUUCAAGAUCUGGGUCGCAACAUCGUCAAUGAAGAGCGAAGUGUUGGAAAACGUUCUAGGUUGUGGGAAGCUAAAGAUAUAUAUAAUUUGCUCAUCCAGAAGAAGGGGAGUGAAUCUGUCGAAGUCAUCGUUUGGAAUUUAUGUGAAAUGCAGUAUGAGGCUGGCGAAAUAUGUGUGGACUCUGAUGCUUUUCGGAACUUGGAAAAUCUUAGGAUACUAGCAAUUUACAAUUAUGAUGCUCUGCCAGAACUGGUACUUCCCGAGGAUGGGCUGGAAUGUUUGCCAGAAACGUUGAGGUGCCUUUACUGGGAUUUCUUCCCUUCAAGAUGGUUCGGAUCUAAAUUCUCUCCUCAGAAUCUUGUUUCACUUGAUUUGCGCCAUAGUAACAUUGAGCAACUAUGGGAAGGGGCACAUAAUGUAGAUCUGGGAAAUUUGAAGUACCUUAAUUUAAGGGAAUCCCAACACCUGAGCAAGUUGCCUAGUUUUUCCACGGCGAAGAAACUUGAGUGGAUCGAUUUGGAGUACUGUGAAAGCUUAGUUGAGCUUCCCCUGUCAAUUUUCUAUCUUCCCAGGCUGGAAGUCCUCCUUCUAAGGUAUUGUACAAGUCUGAAUCUGACUGACCUGGUGGGUCGUUGCAGAGAAGAAAUUGGCUCCCAGAUGUUACCAAAUCUGAAAAAUUUAGACAUAACUGGGACAGCAACCCAAAAGAUUCCCGAUUUUUUCUGCCACUCCCAAAUUGUGGAGCUUUAUUGCGACAAUUGCCCAGACAUGACAGAAUUUCCAGUCAUCCCAAGCGUCAAAGCCUUGAGCUUGAGUGGAACCUUGAUCCAUGGACCGAUCGAAGUUGAGUUUCUUUACGGGUUGAAGGAAUUGACCUGUACAGAUAACCGCCAUCUACUUUGUCUCUCGAAUGGCUUCUGUGACUUGAAAUCGCUUGAAAGAAUCGAUCUAAGUGGGUGCAGCCAGCUAAAGGAGUUCCCAGAUAUCAUGGAACCUAUGGGAGCUUUGUUGAGCGUUCGUUUAACUGGUUGCAGCAAUCUGUCAACUCUUCCUGACAGCAUAUGUAAUCUGACACACUUGGGAGAGCUUGAUCUGCGGAAUUCAGGAAUUACAGAGCUUCCGUCCUCCAUCGGAGAUCUGAUACACUUGUGGCACUUGGGACUUGCGUGUUGUACAAGUCUCACAACCCUUCCAAACACCAUCCACAAGCUGUGCAAAUUGGUUUGGCUCGACUUGUCAAACUGCAUUCUACUGACUCAGUUACCUGAGCUCCCUUCAUCCUUGGAACAUCUGAAUGCACAUGGGUGCAGGUCGCUUCGGACAGUGUCGUGCAUAGAGAAACACAACCUCUGCACUGGUAAGUGGAGCUUUGGCAACUGUCCCGAGCUCGAUCCAAACUCUUUCAGGGAGCUUGUAGCUAAGUUUACCCGUGAUGUUGAAGAAUGUCAUUUGAGAGUUCCCCAGAAGCCAACUAUUAUACUUCCAGCAGAAGGUGCUAUGGGGGAAGCAAUGAGAUCUUCGGUGUUGGUGGAGCUGCGGCAGACUUGGAGGCUGAAGGGCCUAAUUUACUGGGCUCUCCUCGACUUCUCCUGCCUUGUCAAUAUAGCUUCCGCCGGCGCCUACCGCGGGCAUACACUUCCCGGGAAGUACCACGUGGACUGCUCUAUCCGCAACGGUGGCGGCAGGGAAGAUAUCGUCAGCAGGUGUGAGUUGGAAGCAGCGGUGGAUGACCAUGCCGGAGGAGAUGGGAACCGCCUGCUGAUAAUGUGGUAUGAAGAUGGCUUUAACUGGAACAGCUUUGAGGGUGGCGAAGACGAAAAUGCGACUAUCUUUGUUGAGUUCUUCUUUCGCGCUGGCUUUCCCGUCCGUUCAAAGGGGAUGGAAAUGUCGAACCCGAUCAUGAGUUGUGGUGUACUAUGGCACGUAUACGACGACAGAGUGACGUAUUUGAGCUAACUUCUUCACUCUUUGAUUCAGCCUACUUCAAUAUUCUUGGGAUAUAUUCAUGCUCGUGAGGUUUCGACAUGCGACAGGGGGUAAUUGAACUAACUUGUGCAUGAUUCGUUGAUAUGUCGCAAAAAAGUUGUUAAGCUUGUAUAUCGCGAGUAGCAUACUCGGUGAAAGAACUCCGACUAGUCUCUUUGUUUUGGUGAUCCGGGGAUUUCCUAGGCAUAAGGUCUCGUCAUAGCUAGAGCAAUUGUUGAUUUACAUUUACAACAAUGCAACCACGAUUUCUUUUCACGCCAUGCAUUGAACAUUUGAUACAAAUUACAUGUAUGCGCGAUUUCUCGUCAUGCCAUAUGCAAUGACUAAUGUAAGCAAGCAAGAGUGAUAAAUCACAAAUCCGAACUUAACAUAGAUAUACGACAACAGAGUGACGAAUUUGAACUAACUUGUUCACUCUUUGAUUCAGCCUACUUCAUUCUUCUUGGGAUAUAUUCAUGCUCGUGAUAUUUUGACAUGCGACAUGGGUAAUUGAACUAACUUGCUCACGAUUAGUUGAUAUGUCACAAGAAAGUUGUUAAACUUGUAUAUCUUGAUUAGCAUACUCGGUGAAAGAACUCGAGUAAUCUCUUAUUUUGGUGAUCCAGUGAUUUAUUAGGCGCAAGGUUUUGCCAUACCUAGAGCAAUCAUCUAUUUACAUUUGCAACAAUGCAAACAUGACUUCUCGUCAUGCCAUGCAUUGACUAUUGAUACAAAUCACAUGUAUGCGUGAUUUCUUGUCAUGCCAUGUACGAUGAUUGAUGUAAGCAAGUAAGAGUGAUAACUCACGAGUCCGACCUUAGCAUAGAUAUAUUACUAGCUAAAGAAAGUAUGGAUGCACAUAGGAUUCACCCUCGAAACAACGAGGUGUGCUUAACUCAACAUAAAGAGAGAGUGUGCUGACAUGGUGGUGACUGAUUUAUUGUGAGACUAAAUUACUAGAGUUUACUCCAAAAUUAAAUUGCAGUUCACCUCAAAACGGUGGCGAUACCCUCGUUGAUGGAGCGGGAGGACGAUCAUUAGUGCAACUUAAAUGCAAAAUGAGUAAAACCAAUGCAAUAAAAAGAAUUAAUAACAAACAUGAAACAAAUUA